AUGCUAACUUUUCCAGUUUCCUGGACCACUAUCGUGACUGGAUCUUCCACGCUUACUCAGCCAGUGACUUCCACCAGCACGAUCACUGUCACUUCGAUCAUAACCAAUGUCGUUCCUCCCCCGAGCUCUGCUCCUCAGCCUACUGAACCGGCUCCUGUUCAGUCCUCGCCGGCUGCUCCUCAGCCCACUGAACCGGCUCCCGUUCAAACCUCGCCGGCUGCUCCUCAGCCCACCGCACCGGCUCCCGUUCAGUCCUCGCCGGCUGCUUCUCCUGUGACCAGCUCAAUCCAGACAAUUGCGCCAGUAUCUCCCGCUACCACCAGCCCUGCGUUUAACGGAGCUUCCUCUCAGUUCCAGCGAUCCCUGAUCGGGCUUAUCCCCGCCCUGGCCGUCGUUCUGGCUCUGAUCUAA